CUGUGCCGUCCUGACGGAGUUCGCGCGGCUGCGGCUGCGCCCGAAGGGCAUCCGGGUCGUCCUCCCAGGGGAGGAGGAGGAGCUGGAAGGGGGGGGAAGCCCCCCUAACCCCCCUCCCGAGGCUGGGGACCCCCCCAGGAUCUCCCCCGAAGGUGGAGACCCCCCGAGAGCCCCCGAGACCCCCCGGGUGGCCCGGCCAGGAGAGGCCUGUGAGGGUGGGCUGUGGGUGCUGGAGGCCCUGAGAGGAGGGAGGGGGGCUGCA